UAUAAAAGGCAGAAAACCCUCAACUGCUAACCCCAGCUGCCAUCAAAAUGUGGGUGCUCAGACAGCUCCUCCUGCUGCCUCUCUUAGCUGCUCUGGCUUUUGCUGAAGACAACUCGAUAGAAUUCGUGGGUCUACCUCGAUGCGGUGCUUCGCUCUCAGACCCCAACAAAGCAUUUAAGAUUGACCUCAAUUCAAAUGCAAACUGUGUCUGGCACAUUCAGAGGAGUGAUAAUCAAACAAUUAGGCUCGUCUUCUCGUAUUUUAAAUUCAAUCCUUCUUCAAGCUGUGAAACAGAAAAUAUUAAAGUCUAUGAUGGUCCCUCACCUAAUUCACCUCUUCUUGGACAAGUAUGUAGCAACACUGACGCCGUCCCAGUGUUCCAAUCAUCUUCAAACAGUCUGACUUUUCUUGUUACAACAAACUCUGUGGCUUUCGCAAGAAACUUCUUUGUCUUCUAUUACUUCUUCUCACCAGAAACAGCAACUGAAAACUGUGGGGGAAGCUUAACUGGUCCCAGUGGGUCAUUUACGAGCCCCAACUACCCAGCAGCUUACCCUGAAUUUACCUAUUGUGUCUGGCACAUCCAGACUACAGAAAACUCGAAGAUAAGCUUAGAAUUUCAGGAUUUUUUCCUGGAACUAGACCAGAACUGCCAAUUUGAUUUUCUGGCAGUCUACGAUGGCCUCAGCACUAACACUGGUCUAAUUGGAAAAGCAUGUGGUGUUUCUCGGCCCACAUUUGAAUCUUCUUCAAAUGUCAUGACAGUCGUGCUGUCUACAGACUAUGCCAACUCCUACAGAGGGUUUUCUGCUCGAUAUACCAGCGUUCUGCCAAGUCCCCCAGAGCCUGACACAUCCCUUACAUGCUCUUCAGACAGAAUGACAAUUGUUCUGAGCAAGGCUUACCUGGACUCCCUUGGCUAUAAUGAAACUCACCUACAGCUCAAUGACCCAUCCUGCAGGCCAGUUACAACAGACCAAGUGAUCUUUUCCUUUCCUUUAAGCAGCUGUGGAACAACUAAGGAGGAGGAAGAUCAGAGCAUCACUUACACCAACAUCAUAACUCUCUCUGAAAGUGGCAACAUCAUCACCCGCAAAAAGACUGUCCAGAUCGUUGCAAAAUGCAUAAUGGAAAAGAAUUCAACCCUAGAAGUCAUUUAUGUAACAGAAAACAAUGUAAUCCAGAACACAACCUCUGUGGGAAGAUACAACGUUAGCAUGUCAUUCUAUGAUUCUGAUUCAUUCUCCAGCCCUGUACUUGAGUCCCCUUAUUAUGUAGACUUGAACCAAACUCUUUUUGCUCAAGUCAGUCUUCAUUCCACUGACCCAAACCUUUUGGUGUUCAUUGAUACCUGCACAGCCUCUCCACAGUCUGAUUUUGGAUCAAUAACAUAUGACUUAAUCAGAAGUGGCUGUAACAAAGAUGACACUGUGGUGACAUAUCCACCCCUGGAGCACUAUGGAAGAUUCAGAUUUAAUGCCUUCAGGUUCCUGAGGAGAGCUCCAUCAGUUUAUCUCCAGUGCGAUGUUUUAAUUUGUGACAGCAACAACGUGAACUCUCGCUGUACCAAAGGCUGUGUCUCCAGGCACAAGAGGGAUACUUCUUCAUACACUUGGAAAACCAAGGCUGUAGUAGGUCCUAUCCGCCUGAAACGAGACCGCAGGGCUGCUGAUCAUCUAGAAUCCCUCACUAGGACAGAUGCUGAAGAAACCCCAAACCUGCAGCAACGAUGCAGCUUCUACACUCUUCUAUUUGUGGUUUUGAUUUCAAACAUUAUCGUUGUGGUAGCUGUGGUACUAAAAUAUCACAACAAACGCCUAUCGAGAUAUGGCUACCAAAAAAUCCAAAGUUCCUAUUAACUGCUCUACAGUGUUGUGAAUUGGUAACAACUUCUAUUCAGAUUUAUCACUGAAAGAGGGGAGAAUGGGAAAAACGAAGCAAAGUAACAGCGCUGGAAUGCAACAAUGCUUGGAAACACGUUUCAAUCUUUUUAAUUAUUUAAAAAAGAAUACAGAUAAAAACAGACUCCUCAACCUAGGGCUGCAUCUUAAAUCACUGAGUUGGAAGAACACUACUGGUUGUUUGUUUAGAAAACAUCUAAAAAACUCACUUUAGAUGUGAUGUUACACAUCUAAAGUAG